ACGUUCUGUUUGGCUUUGCGUUUUCCAGUGAGUUUUUUUGUCUCCGAAAAGGCAGGCGUGUGUCCUCCAAGAAGCAAAGAGGUACAGACUAAAUGGAUCUGAAGACAGCAGUGUUCAACGCAGCUCGUGAUGGAAAGCUGCAGCAGCUUUCCAAGUUACUGGCAAGCAAAACGAGAGAAGAGGUAGCCCUGCUGAUGUGCGAGAAGACGAACGGUGCCACCCCACUCCUGAUGGCAGCCCGCUACGGCCACCUGGACAUGGUAGAGUACUUGUUGGACCAUUGCUCUGCAUCAAUAGAAGUUGGUGGCUCGGUAAACUUUGACGGUGAGACCAUUGAGGGGGCUCCUCCGUUAUGGGCAGCGUCGGCAGCUGGGCACCUGAAGGUGGUUCAGUGUCUCUUAGAUCACGGGGCAUCUGUCAACAACACGACUCUGACAAAUUCAACGCCGCUCAGAGCUGCCUGUUUUGAUGGUCACUUGGAAAUAGUAAAAUACCUUGUGGAGCACAAAGCAGACCUGGAAGUAUCCAACCGUCAUGGACAUACAUGCUUGAUGAUCUCAUGCUACAAAGGCCACAAAGAAAUUGCUCAGUAUUUGCUUGAAAAAGGAGCUGAUGUUAACAGAAAAAGUGUUAAAGGAAACACUGCAUUGCAUGACUGUGCAGAAUCUGGAAGUUUGGAGAUCAUGAAGAUGCUUCUCAAGUAUUGUGCUAAAAUGGAAAAGGACGGUUAUGGAAUGACUCCCCUUCUGUCAGCUAGCGUGACAGGCCACACAAAUAUAGUGGACUUUCUGACCCAGCAUGUACAGACCAGUAAGGCUGAGCGCAUAAAUGCUCUGGAACUUCUAGGAGCAACAUUUGUGGACAAAAAGAGAGAUCUGCUUGGUGCUUUGAAAUACUGGAAGCGAGCUAUGGAAAUGAGAUACAGUGAUAGGACUAAUAUCCUGAGCAAACCGAUGCCACAAACACUAAUUAUGGCAUAUGAUUAUGCUAAAGAGGUGAACAGCUCAGAAGAGCUAGAAAAUCUUAUUGCAGACCCUGACGAAAUGAGAAUGCAAGCACUAUUAAUUAGAGAACGUAUUCUUGGCCCUUCUCACCCAGAUACAUCCUACUAUAUUAGAUAUAGAGGUGCUGUCUAUGCAGACUCUGGAAACUUCAAGCGCUGCAUCAACUUAUGGAAAUAUGCUUUGGACAUGCAACAGAGCAAUCUUGAUCCAUUGAGCCCUAUGACAGCCAGCAGUUUGCUGUCAUUUGCUGAACUUUUCUCCUUCAUGCUGCAGGAUAGGGCAAAAGGCCUGCUGGGUACUACUGUCACGUUUGAUGAUCUCAUGGGUAUACUGUGCAAAAGCGUUCUUGAAAUAGAACGGGCCAUGAAACAAACCCAGUGUCCUCCUGAUCCCAUACAGCUGAACAAAGCCCUUUCCAUCAUUUUGCAUUUAAUUUGCUUGUUGGAGAAGGUACCUUGCAGCUCAGAACAGGAGCAUUUUAAGAAACGAACUAUUUACCAGUUUCUUAAGCUUCAACCUAGAGGGAAGAAUAACUUCAGUCCACUACACCUUGCUGUUGACAAUAAUACUACAUGUGUGGGUCGCUACCCAGUUUGUAAAUUCCCUUCUCUACAAGUUACUGCUAUUCUGGUGGAAUGUGGUGCUGAUGUAAAUGUCAAAGACUCUGAUAACAACCGUCCAUUACACAUAGCUGCACUGAACAAUCACCCAGACAUCAUGAACCUUCUUAUCAAGUCAGGUUCACACUUUGAUGCCACAAACUCACGUAAACAAACUGCUAGUGAUUUGUUGGAUGAGAAGGAAAUAGCAAAAAAUUUAAUCCAGCCCAUAAAUCAUACUACACUGCAGUGUCUUGCUGCUCGUGUAAUAGUGAAUCAUAAUAUAUACUACGCAGGACACAUCCCUGAAAAACUAGAGAACUUUGUUUUGCUCCAUAGAUGA